AUGUAUGCGGACCGAAUCCGAGUGGCCUGCUACGGGGACAAGAAAAUCCCCAGCAAGCUCAAGUACUUUUUCAAAGAAGACCUGUAUGAGCUGUCCGACGUGAAGCUGGACGAGCGAAUCAACCUGCUGCGAAUCCACCUGAAGUACGUGUUCUAUGACAAUCCCUUAUCUGAGAAAGUCACAAAGUAUCGCCGUCGGGACCUCCUAGGGCGCGCCACGACUAGGGUCCCUCCCCCCGGGGGAGCGGAGAGGGGGGAAAACCAAAGGGGUGCGCAACGUGAUUUAGUGGAGGAAGAUAAUCCCAAGAGUGACCACAACAGCUCGAUGGAGCACGCGCAGCGGGAUGCUACUCCCAGGGGACACUCCUCCAUCCCCGAUAAAAAAGUGGGCAAGCACAAAAAGAGCCUCAUAAGCGAGUUCAAGGAGGUGUUCAGAAAGGGCGUAGGCAAUGUGGACAGCGCGGUUAGAGCAGCGGGGCUCGGCGGCACCGUGGGUGAGCACAUGGGCCAAGGCGUGCUCGGGCCAGACAAAGAUCACCUACAAGACAGCUGCCUAGAGGGCAGCCUAAAGGAAAACUUCCUAAAGGAGGACAGCCUAAAGGAAAACUUCCCAAAGGAGGACUACCUAAAAGAGGACAACCUACAGGAUGAUGGCCUGCUGGACGACGGCAAUUUCGUGAGCGAGAGCCCCACCAAGACGGCCUCCAACGACCUGUCCACGCGCGCUGGUCACAGCAGCCGCGGAGACCACCUGGGGGAGUUCCCAGACGAGCGAGACAAAAUCACGUUCCUUCUCAAAUGCUGCCUCAUGAAUAAGGAAAGUUACUUCGCGGUUUACUUUUACAACCUGGCUAACCUCAUCAAGUUCCUCUUCGAGCGAAGGAGCUCCUUUUACCAGGAGGAGCAAAAAAAAAACAAAAAUGAUAAAAAUGUGAAGAAAAACAACACCAAUAUUAGCAAGUACCUAUCGCUGCAAAAGAAUAUUAUGAAAUUGGGAUAUAAGAAAAAUUUUUCCAAAAAAAAAAAUCAAAAAAAAUUAUCUUCCACAUUGUCAGAGCCUUCGGAUGGAAAAAACAACAACUACAGUUUUUACCAGCACAACGAUUUCUACAUAAACGUUGCAAACAUUUUUAAACUCUCAUUUGUCAUUUUAAAAAAUAUAAUAAAUAGCUACAAAACAGACAAAUUAUUCGAACAGAGAAAUGCAAAAAAGGUUUACUUGCUUAACUUCUUUCUUCAUUAUUUGGAAGAAAAACAGUUUGAAAAAAAUAUACAAAAGGAAGACACUCAGCAAGUGAAAAAUGGGAAGAAAAAUGUCUACCACACUUUCCCAAUAUAUCAUAUAAAAUUUUUUUCAAAAAAUAACGAAAAAGAAAAAAAUAACCUACUUAUAAGCAUUAUGAAUAAAAUCACCAAUUUGUGUUAUCGAAAAUACGGCAACAUUGCCUUGAUUAAUAAAUUCUUUUUGGCAAUUAUUUUAUUUGAAAACUCAAAAUGCAACAAGUCCUUGAAAAUUUUAAAAAAAAUCAUUCAAAAAUGUAACCACGAUUUUGUUAUCUUUUUCUGUAUGCAACUUAUUUCUUUCCACAAGGUGAACAACCAAUUUUAUCAUUUCUGCUCCUCCUUUUUUUUAUCCAACAAGUACACCCCUAUUUGUUCCUUCAAAGAUAUUAAUAUCAAUUUUGCCAAGAUUAGCCAUUAUCAGGAUUACCUCUUUUUUCUCCACACGAAAAAUUCCCUCCUACAAAUUGAGCAGAACAAAUGUUAUGGCAACGAUUUUUUUUCUUCCCUCGACAAGGACAUCGUUGUGUCUUAUCGCAACGUAAUGUACCAUGUCUUGAAAUCCGUUGCUAGAAAGGGAGAAAUGCAGCUGUCAACUGUGCACACAGAACAGCUUCCCCACGGAAAGGGCACGAUCCAGAGGGGACUACCCAAAGAGGGAGAACAAAUUGGUGGCCACUCCCAAAAAGGCAUUUGCAAGGGAACCACUACCCCCAUGGAUGUAAACAAAAACAAAAUAAUCAAAUUUGAAAGGAAGAUGUUUUACCAGAACAACUACUACUUCGAGCCGAAUGCGAGAUUUCUGAAAAGCCUGCGCAGGUUUAACUUCUCCGUUUCGAAAAAUGAUGAACAGGGCGAGAUGCAUAUCCCCCACUCAGACGUGAAGGUCUUCGUGCAGUCGAACUAUAAUCUCUACUUCUUCGCGUCCAACAUGCUCUUUGGGAACUUGAGCGAAGCGGACGAAGAGGACGAAGCGGGGGAUCCUACUGCACCACCUCACAUCGGAACCCUGCUACGCCUAAAAAUACAAAAGUACGCCCAGAAGGAGGGUAAAGGCACAGGGAAGAUCCACCCCCCCAGAGUAAAACAGCUAUGCGUACAGUAUGACGAAAACAUUGAUCUCUUUGUCUUUUCCGCCCUCUCGCAAAACCUUCUCAUCGAUAACGUAAUGAUUGAGCUAUACGACGAAAGGGAAAAUAAAAAGUUGCACUUAAAUUUUGCGAAGAACAAACAUGUUAUAAAAACAGGAUUAAAUUUAAUUAAGUUAAACAUAUCAAAAAUUCUUGAAUGCAGUCAAAUAAAAUGGAAGAAUUUUUACUACAAAAUUAAUUAUGUGUUCCUCCAAGUGAAUCACUUUUGCUUUUAUCAACAGAUGGGGAUACUUCCAAAUGGGAACAUAUUGACUCCCUUUUUAAAUGUCUACACAAAAUUCAUAAAGUCUAAUUAUAUAUUAUCUGACACGAACAACUACGCCAGCUUCUUUCUGAAUCAGCUAAUUUCUCCUCUUUACAUAAAAAUAAAAACAUUACAAUCUGUUUUAAAUUGCCAUUUGGUUGCUUCAUAUUUGAACAACACUUCUUUGGUUUACAACAGCACGAACUAUGUCAAACUGGUCGUAUCCAAUUGUCAUAAGCAUGUCGACUCGAGGGAGGAGAAUGAGUUCAUUACCACACAGAGGGACACAACCAAGGGGGGUUCUCAUGUGGAUAUUCCCACCACAAGCAACUCCAACCAAAUUAAAAAUGUCUAUCUCUUCGUGAACAACAAGAACCAAGGCUCCAAUCUCCAGCACGUGAACGAAAAGUGUUCCUUACCCGAUUCGGUGUUCUUCGUCAUCGAAGCAAACGACCAUGUACAAAUUUCCGAGCCGAAGAUUUUAAAACGAGAGGACAGCUGUUUUACAAAACCAGAGGAUACAAGUGAAUGCCCUGUUGAAAAAGAAAAAGGUGAUUAUCACGACAGAUAUGACUAUUGCCACAGGGAGGAAAGGAAGAAGGACUCCUGUGCAGUUAUUUCAUUUGUCCCAGUAAGGACAAACAACCCUAACUUGGUUAACAGUGAACAGUGUGAACUCCAUUUUAAUAGUGAGAAGAACCUACACAGCUUUGAUUCACCUGAUGGGUCUUCCUCCAAUCCUGACCCUCACAGCAGGAACAACCCAGACAAGGUAAAAAUCAAAUGCGUCAUAAACAUAGAUUUGGGAAAAAAAAAAAGGAGACAAAGGAAAACAGAUCUGUAUGAAUUAUCAAAUGUGAAUUAUGUUGGACAAACACAAUUCGAUCAUUUUAUUAACUUAGAAAAAGAUUCGUCAUGCCAUCCACCAUUUAAUAACCAAAUAGUGCUUGAAAAAAAUUUCCACUUGGCCAACAUUUUUAAUGAAAAAAUUAAAACCUACAGAUCGAAAAACACCAUGUUGUAUGAAUUAAUCUUAAAUCUACAUAAAGAUAAUUACUCUGUUUUUUUAAAAAAGUUUCACGAAUCUGGCGCGAGCAGCUUGAGUCUGCUGAGUGCGAACGAUCUGAACGAGGAGGGGGGCGGGAAGAGAAACCCAAGCAACGAGGUGAGCUACUUUUAUGACGAAAUUGACAUCAACGGUUACAUCCACGGAGGGAUGAGUGUGUUCUUCCUUUUCGAGGUGACCUACGGCGAUGCGCAGGAAAAUGCCCUUCAUGAUAACGGUAGUAAUGGGUGUGAUAGGGACCACAAUUGCCGUGGUGAUGACUACAAUGGCCGUGGUGAUGACCACAAUGGUCCUGGUGAUGACCACAAUUGCCGUGGUGAUGACCACAAUUGCCGUGGUGAUGACCACAAUUGCCGUGAUAAUAACCACAAUGGCACAAAUCUGUUAAUCCACGAAAGCAUGACGGGCACCCUGUGUGUGACAUACGAAUAUCGGAGCGUUUUGGCAAUAAAGGCAUUCGAGAGGAGCCAAAAGGAAUACAUUUACACGCUGGAUGUGCCGAUCCCGCCAUUCCUGCUGCCAAUUAAUGUGCACUAUGAGAUUCCAAAGUGUGGGACGCUACACACGUCGCUCAAUGUCAAAAUUAUAUUGUCCAACAAUAUGCGGGAAGAUAUUUAUAUGAAAUAUUUUGUAUACCUGGAGGGGAGAAAAAAAAAAAAUGGUCAGUCCGAAUGUGACGAUGAAUACAAUUGGCUAAUAAAUGGAUUUAAAAAGAAGGUCCUUUUUUUACCAAAAAAUUCCUCACAUGUCAUUAAUUUGAUUAUCCUUCCUUUAAAAAUCGGCUUAAUUAACUUCCCCCCAAUUUUAUAUUACGUAAAAUUAAAUGACAGGUGGGUUGAAGUAACUGAAGUUUUGAAGAAGAGCGAGAGCUUUCAGCUUAUCAUUUCACCCUCUCUGCACUUUAGCCCCAAGGUGUGGCAAUUGGCAUAG